CACACACUCACACACACUCACACACACACCCACACGCACUCCCUCCUGCAGCCCCACCGCCCCCGCCAUGGCCGCGUCCACCCUGUCCGUCUGCUCCAGCGACCUGAGCUAUGGCAGCCGCGUCUGCCUGCCCGGAUCCUCGGACUCCUGCCCCGACUCCCCCUGGCAGGUGGACGACUGCCCAGAGAGCUGCUGCGAGCCCCCGUGCUGCGCCCCGGCCCCCCGCCUGACCCUCCUGUGCGGCCCCUCCUCCCCCUGCCAGGGAGACUGCUGCACCCCUGCAUGCUGCAAGUCUGUCUGCUGCACCCCUCUGUGCUGUAAGCCCGUCUGCUGCACCCCUGUGUGCUGCAAGCCCGCCUGCUGCACCCCUGUGUGCUGCGAAGACUCCCCCUGCACAACCUCUCCAUGCUGCCAGCCGUCCUGCUGCACCUCCUCCCCCUGUCAGGAAGACUGCUGCACCCCUGUGUGCUGUAAGCCCGUCUGCUGCACCCCUGUGUGCUGCAAGCCCGUCUGCGGCACCCCUGUGUGCUGCAAGCCCAUCUGCUGCACCCCUGUCUGCUGUGAGGACUCCCCCUGCACAACCUCUUCAUGCUGCCAGCCGUCCUGCUGCACCUCCUCCCCCUGCCAGGAAGACUGCUGCACCCCUGUGUGCUGCAAGCCCAUCUGCUGCACCCCUGUCUGCUGCAAGCCCGUCUGCUGCACCCCUGUCUGCUGCAAGCCCGUCUGCUGCACCCCUGUGUGCUGCGAGGAUUCCCCCUGCUCAGCCCCCUCCUGCUGCCAGCCCAGCCCCUGCUGCAGACCCUCCUCCUGCGUGUCCUUGCUCUGCCGCCCCGUGUGCAAGCCCGUCUGCUGCACCCCUGUCUGCUGCCAGGACUCCCCCUGCACAACCUCUUCAUGCUGCCAGCCGUCCUGCUGCACCUCCUCCCCCUGCCAGGGAGACUGCUGCACCCCUGUCUGCUGCAAGCCCGUCUGCUGCACCCCUGUCUGCUGCAAGCCCGUCUGCUGCACCCCUGUGUGCUGCAAGCCUGUCUGCUGCACCCCUGUGUGCUGCGAGGACUCCCCCUGCUCAGCCCCCUCCUGCUGCCAGCCCAGCCCCUGCUGCAGACCCUCCUCCAGUGUGUCCCUGCUCUGCCGCCCCGCGUUCCCCCGCCCUGCCUGCUGCGGCCCUGUCUCGGGCCAGCCCUGCUGCUGACCGGCUCCAGCUUCUGCCUCUAGAAGACCUUCUGCCAUCUUUGCUCCAGAGCACAGACGUCCUCUCUCAGGAGCCCCGGAACCCCUCUGGGGGCGCCAGGACGCCCCCUGCCCCUCGGUGGACGCACGGCUGCUGCCUUCUGGGGAUCCGGACAUGCCCGGCUUCCUUUUCUGCAAAGACAGGUCCCUCAACGGGGGGUGGGGGGCUGCUGCACCCUGGAGCCCUCCCCUGCAGGGCUGGUUGCUCGCAUUCCGGGUGACAAAGGCCACUGCUAUCAUCAAUAAAAUGUCUGGAUCAUGAAACAGA